CUUUCUAUUAUACACCAGCAGCUUUGCGUCAGUUACGCCUCAGUCUUCACCGCCACCGAAGAAGAAAUUGUUCGAUGUGUUUUUCCCAAGGAUUCAAUUUCGAAUCGGUGAUCUGGCUGGGCUAUCUUUAUACUAACUGCCAGUUCUCCCCGUUCAUUCACUUCAUUAUUUUGACAUCGCCAGCUUUUUGCUCUCUCACCCACUCAAAACCUAAGAAAGAAAUCCCCUUCCGUCACUUCCGGACGAAACAGCGCCCACUCUCUCUUGCACGUGGAUCCAAGAUUCCUCUCCUUCAACACCGAAACCUUCAACAUUAGCAGACUCAUCUCCACGGGUUUUUCCCUCUUCCAUCUCGAUGUUUUGACACUCCGUCACUCUUUCCUUCCUUCCUUGUCCGUAAAUCCUGCUUUCAACUCGCCCGCCUUCAUUGAUAGUUGCGUACACUACUCCUGCUGCUGCGCUUUGGAUAUCCUCUGAGGAAGGUGGACACUACUCUAGCUUGGUGAAGCUGACUGAGCCGAUUGAGGCGCGAACCCUUUGAUACAGAAACAUGGUCGCUAGCGAGAAGGCAUUAAGCUGCGCUGUCUCUGUGACUUUGUUGCAAGACUAGGUCAUCUGUAACCCAGUUAACGGCUCAAGGGAGGUUUGGAGGCAGACCCUGGCAUGCAGGGGAAGGACAUGCCAGGAGUCAAUGGUGGAGGCCCGAUGUGGAGUCAACUUCUGAACAGGGACCCCUCUGAAUUACCUUCCCACAAUAGCGAAGAUGAACUCAUGUUGGGAUAUCGGGACCCGGGUAUGGAGAGUCUUGAUUAUGAGGUCGUGGAAAGCGUCGCUUAUCGAGAGGAUCAGGCACAACGAGGAAUUUGGCAUCAUGCUUCCUACAUAACCCUGAAAUGGACCUUUUCUCUGCUCAUUGGUAUAGGGACAGGGCUUGCCGCCUUUCUUAUCAAUAUUGCAGUAGAAAAUUUCUCGGGAUGGAAGUUUGCGGCAACAUUUGCUCUUAUGAAAUAUAGCACCUUUUUAGGUUUAGUAAUCUACAUUGCAUUUAAUGCAGCUUUAGUAUUUUCAUCUGUUUACAUCAUCACUCAAUUUGCUCCCGCUGCAGCAGGGUCAGGCAUUCCAGAGAUCAAGGCUUAUUUAAAUGGUGUUGAUACUCCUGGUAUUCUCUUGUUUCGGACGUUGAUUGGAAAGGUGCUAGGUAGUAUUGGUUCUGUUGGAGGAGGGUUGGCUUUGGGCAAGGAGGGGCCUCUAGUUCACACGGGUGCCUGUAUUGCAUCAGUACUUGGGCAGGGCGGCUCAACAAAGUACCAUGUGAAUUGGAGAUGGCUUCGGAGGUUUAAGAAUGAUCGUGAUCGUCGUGAUCUUGUAACAUGUGGGUGUGCUGCUGGAGUAGCGGCAGCUUUCAGAGCCCCUGUUGGGGGUGUCUUGUUUGCUCUUGAGGAGGUCACUUCUUGGUGGAGGAGUCAGCUUUUAUGGCGGGUUUUUUUCACAUCAGCUGUGGUUGCCGUUGUGGUGAGGACUGCGAUGGGUUGGUGCAAGCAUGGAAAUUGUGGACAUUUUGGUUCAGGUGGAUUUAUCAUAUGGGAUAUUUCAGGGGGUCAGGACGAUUAUUCAUUUUUUGAGCUUUUACCUAUGGCCAUGCUUGGUGCAAUUGGAGGACUUCUGGGGGCACUUUUCAACCAGCUUACUAUCUGGAUCUCAACCUGGAGAAGGAAUGUGUUGCACAGAAGAGGCACUCGUGUUAAGAUUAUUGAGGUUCUCCUGGUAUCAUUGAUAACAUCGAUGUUAUCAUUUGGUUUGCCAAUGAUGACUACCUGUAAACCGUGCCCUGAUCCAGUGAAGUACCCAAGUGUUAUCUGUCCCCGCCCCUCGGGCAACUACGGCAAUUAUGUCAAUUUCUUUUGUCCAAACGAGAACCAGUACAACGACCUUGCCACAAUCUUUUUUAAUACGCAGGAUGAUGCAAUCAGAAACCUUUUCAGCACCAACACCCCACAUGAAUACUCCACUCGUAGCCUCUUGACCUUCCUGGUGAUGUUUUUCGUGCUAGCAGUGCUGACAUACGGAACAGCUGUUCCAUCAGGGCAGUUUGUUCCAGGUAUUAUGAUUGGUGCCACUUACGGGCGACUUGUCGGCAUUUUGGUUGUCAAUGCUUCGAGUAAGGAUAGUGUUGACGAAGGAACGUAUGCUUUGCUGGGGGCUGCCUCAUUUCUGGGCGGCUCAAUGCGGAUGACCGUGUCACUCUGUGUUAUCAUGGUCGAGAUUACUAAUAAUCUUCAACUACUUCCACUCAUUAUGUUGGUCCUCCUUAUUUCUAAGGCUGUUGGAGAUGCUUUCAAUAGUGGGUUUUAUGAGGAACAGGUCAAGCUUCGAAGUCUUCCUCUUCUUGAGUCAAGGCCGCAACGUUUCAUGCGGAAUUUGGCUGCCAAAGAUGCUUCUGGUACAAGAAAGAUUGUGCAGUUCUCAAGGGUGUCGAAAGUUGGCCAUAUUGUAGCCGUCUUACGAAGCACCAAUCAUAAUGGCUUCCCAGUUGUUGAUAAGCUUCAGACAGGAGAGCCUGUCGUCAUUGGUCUUAUUUUAAGGAGCUAUUUACUGGUUCUUCUUCAAGCCAAAACGGAUUUUCAGCGUACUCCUACUCUAGGAGAUACUCGCGAUAGAAGAAAUUUCAGAUAUGAUGUGAGAGAUUUUACAAAGCCAGUAUCGAGCAAAGGUAUCUCCAUUUACGACAUUGAUAUCAGCGCCCAAGAGAUGGAGAUGUACAUCGACUUGCAACCAUUUGUGAAUCCCACACCUUACAUUGUUCCUGAGGACAUGUCUCUCACAAAAGUGUAUAAUUUAUUUCGGCAGCUUGGGUUGCGGCAUAUAUGCGUUGUGCCACGACCUUCACAAGUUGUGGGAGUAAUCACACGGAAGGAUUUAUUACCAGAGGUGUUGGAAGAAAGAGAGAGUUUAGAAGAAAUGUUGAGCAGUCGAGGAAGGUUGAGUCUGGAAGCUUGACAAACCCUCUUCUUUUCUUGUGAGAAAAUGUACUUCGUUCCCCCAGAACACAAGCAACCCCUAUUAGAGAACUUAAUGUAAGGCUAAGUGCAGUGACGAGAUCGCUCUUAGAUGGCAGGUGCGUAGGCUUGCUUAAAUCGUUCUUCUCAGCACGCAUACAAUAGGGCAAUUCCCAGAAGAUUGUACAGCUUGCUUAGUUCUCACAUUGCCAUGUUGUGAAUCAACAAUUGUUAUGGCUGCCUUCCCUACUGAUAACAGGCACCCCAGAUGCAUCUUUAUAAUCUUGAUGCAAAGUUUUUCCUCGCACAAGUUUUGGAACUUGAUAUUGAGGAGAUAGUGUUGGAAAUUUGUCAUAGUUUUCUGGAUUUCUGGAAGACGUGAAAGUUCCAAACCACUGUUAUUUUGCGCUGCAAUCAGCCAUUGCAGUCUUUGUGUCUGUCAUACCAGAAGUACAAAUGACGUUCCGGCUUUAUACAAA